AUGGCGGUGCUGAGCGACCACAGCUUCGCCACAGUGUACAUGGAGCUGUGCCGGCAACAGAGGCUCCGACCUUUGCCGACGAUAUGCGUGACUCUGCCCCACGCGCUCGACUUCACCGUCGAUCGCAUUAAACUGGACGACUGGGCGCCCAUCCUAAAUUCACUGUCACUCGACCGCACCCUGAGAACGAUAAGCGUGCGAGUCAAGAACCAGCACCGCAAGCACCUCGACCACGCGAACUCUGAGUCAAAGGCCCGAGCAGUGGGCAAGGCGCCGGUUGUCCUGUCGCGCUACAUCCUCGAGUGCCUCUCCCACAGUCUGGCCCAAUGCACGCGCAACUCGAGCUCUCUCACGAGUCUCGAGCUCGAGGGUAUACCCUGGCCCCCGGACUGCCUGGCCGUUCUUUGCCACGGGCUCGCUGGCACCAAGUCUCUGCAGCAUGUGUCGCUGCAACGAUGCCACAUAGGCGACACCGGCUGCGAGAUAGUCUGCCGCGCGAUAGCAGAGGUCCAGAGCAUAAGGUCCCUUAAUUUGGGCCACUGCGACCUGACCGGGGUCUCGGGUCCCGCCCUGGCCUCCGCCCUGUCGAGGCAGAAGCUGUCGUUGUACCACGAUGCCUGGAAACAGUCAUUGCGAUACAGGGAACCCAAACUGGAGAAUAUGCCGGGUUUGAGGAGGCUGACGCUCAACGGGAACGCCAAGCUCGGCAACGAGGCUGUUAUCGGUAUAAUCGACGCGAUAAGGGACAGUCUCUGGUUUAAAGCUCUGGAUCUUCAGCAGUGCGGCCUGACCGAUGACAUAAGCCGCGAAAUCAUCCAACUCCUCGAGCAAAACCAGACCCUCGUGGUGGUCGAUGUGCGUCUGAACAGCGACGUGCGCGCGGACAGCUUGGCCGACAUAGCCCGGCGUCUGGAGCGCAACGAGCUGAGUUGCAAAAAGAGCGAGUACCGCUGGCUGAACCUGCCCCAUCAGAAGGAGUCGACUUCGGGGUCGGUAAAGCAGCGCACUGUCUCCGCCGGUAACAUACGCAAACAAAAAUCGUCGGACGAAGUCGGUCCGGGUGCCAAGAGCGGACAUCCGAGGCCGAGGAGCGCCAUCAUCAGACAUGCCAAGAGGCCACCGGCACCCGUUGUCUACAGAAAGCCUCUGCUCAUGCCACUGCCACAGGUGUUCAAGAGGAUGAGAACGAAAUCCACGCUACCGGUGAUCCCCGUACUCGACAGUAAACGAAUCAGUCGACAGCCCAUGAAGCCACCUCCGCGUUCAAUAGCCCCACUACUGCCACAACAGACUCCCAAGAUGUCCCUACACUUGGACCUGCAGUCCCAGCUGAACACUCUGGCUGACCCGACGCAAAACAACAACGCCAGCAGUAGCUUGCCGGCGAUCGACGUCAGCGCCGCUCCCGACGACCGGGCGCAACACACGUCGACCGGCGACGAGCCCAGCGCCGAAGCCCAGCGGCUCCAGCAGGUCGUACACGAGCUGCUGGAAUGCCAAGAGGAGCGGGACAAGUUGCUCGAGGACAAGCGCAGACUCGAGCUCUCGCUGACCGAGGAGCGCGCCCGGCGGGAAUUCGCCGAGUCGAAGCUACGCGCCGCUAGAUCCAACCUAUCGGAACUGGAGGAGGCGCAACGGCGCCGCGAGCGCGACUCACGGAGUUACCUGUCGAUAAGCCAGAAAUCCAUGGAGGAACUCUGCUUGUCGUUCGGCCGGCUACUCGAGAUGCUCGAGGAGUCCUCGCUGAGGCGCUCGGCCGACAACAGCGUCGACUCCGAGGAGGAGAGCCAACUGCGCGAGGACAUAAAGCGGCGCUUCGCUCUCAUAAUACGCAAGACCAAGUCGGAGAACCUCAAGAAGGGUAACUACUUUGUGGACGAGGACAGGCUCCUGCCGAGGCUGCAGCUGACCGCCAGGUACGGCAGGUCCGAGGGCAACAUACGCACGACCGUGGAGCCGCUGGCCCAGCCCGUGAGGAUGGAACGGCACAUCGGGGACACCGCGGAGACGAGCAGCGCCUUGCCUCAGUUGGUAACCCCGAGCUACAGUACCGGCAGAGACGCGAGGCUACCGUCCUCGGCUGGACGUCGAUUGUCCGCCGGUGACGAACCAUCACCCAGCGACAGGGCGAGAGCUCUAUUUGCCAGCAUCGUCAGUGGCAAUGCCCUGCUGGGCAUAAACACGCGCUUGAGGUAG